AUACCUGCAUCUUUCUGUCUUCAUCUGUUUCUUUUUCCGAAAGUACACAUUUCUCUCAACUCUAAAGAGAAUUGUAAAAUUUUGUGUCUACUUUGACCUUGUUUUUGAUAGAUUUUACAAAAAGUUUAUUGUAUAGCCGCGACAUAAUUUAAAAGACUAUUAUACCUUCUAAGUUUACUUAACUUGGCAAAUGCUUAACAUUUGGUUACUAUGCAAUGCAUACUUAUUCGUUGUUGUUUUUUUGUGCCGUGAUUAUGAAUGUAGCCUAAAUGAUGCCAUGGGUCUAGCGACGCCCCUUUACUGCAUUUAGUGAAUGAAUGAAAUAUUGAAACUGUUUAAAAUGCCCCUAUUUUUUUUUUACAAAGUCUUGGACAAUGUCCAUGUGCAUUUGACGCGUGAGUCAUAGUCGUAAGUUUUAUAACUGACUUCUGGCUUAAGUUAAUUACUGCACGUGGCGGAAGAAGACAGCGCGCGCUGUUUGCGGUGAGCUUAUAAUGAAAGUGAAAGAAGAGAAUCCUACAUCUUCAAAUGAUGCUGUUUUGCUGAAAACACAAGAAAAUUACAUAGUUGGGGUUAACAAUAAAAAAGCGCUAUUCACAAUGGGUAAUUUAUUUAAUUUUAUGUACAAUUAGGUAUAUUACAUAAGGGAUGCCCCGAGAGCAAAAUCAAUAUGACAAACGUAUAUGCGACCAUGAUUCCUUAAAUAAUACAUUUCUAAGUCUUUGAGGAUUCUAAGCAAUUGCAGACUAAAUAUUUAUGUUUUCCACACAGAUUAAAAAUAUAUUUGAAAAAUUGAAACCGUUGAGAGGUGUAAAAGUAAUUGUGUUUUAUAUAAGUCGCAGCUCCCCCAUUUCCGCGCAUUUGUUCGCAGGCUUGCCAUCUGGCGGUGCUGCUAACGCAUCGCAGCAGCUGACUAAAAGCAGCCAAUGCACGGUUUAGUUAUCUCUUUAAUAUCUGUGGGUAAUAAUUUAAUACAUUUUUUGUUUGGGGGGGGGGUUCAUUUGCAUACCACACUAAUUUAAUUAAGAGUCAAUUCCACUACCGAAUUACAUAUGAUUUUAAAUGUUAUAGAAUAACGGUUCAGUUUAGAAAUAGAAACAACUCCACUAUAUUCACUGCUGGACUGUGUUAAUAUACUGGCGUUAAAAUUGUGUUUUAAGAAUCAAAUAGGCCAAGAAAUACCAUUUACUAAAACACUGAGGACACUAUUAUAUUUUGCAGAAUCAACAUAGUUUAAACUUACCUCAACACGGUUCGUCAAAGCAAGGAAUUAUGAAUAGUCUGAAUGAAUACUAUGAAGAAAAUGCGCGUCCCUAUAUUGACCUAGUGGACAAACUCAGGUCACUUGGUAUCGAGAAGGACCUGAAUCUGCCAGCUAUUGCUGUUAUAGGUGACCAAAGCUCAGGAAAGAGUUCUGUAUUGGAGGCUCUGUCAGGUGUGGCACUGCCCAGAGGAACAGGUAUUGUCACAAGAUGUCCGCUUGAACUGAAAUUAAAGAAAGUUAGAACAAAUGUUACCUGGCAUGGAUUGUUGUCAUAUAAUGAUAAAAAAAUAAACCUGACGAAUCCAGCAGAAAUAGAGAAAGCUGUCCUAGAUGCUCAGACAGCAUUGGCUGGAGAAGGAGAAGGAAUCAGUCAUGAGAUGAUCACUCUGGAAAUCAAGUCCAGUGAUGUUCCUGAUCUUACUCUCAUUGACCUGCCAGGAAUUGCUAGGGUUGCCACUGGUAACCAGCCUAGUGACAUUGGGAUACAAAUAAAAGAUCUAAUUGAAAAGUACAUUAAAAGACAAGAGACCAUCAGCUUGGUCGUUAUACCAGCAAACAUUGAUAUUGAAACCACUGAAGCACUACAAAUGGCAAAAAAUGUAGAUCCAGAUGGGAACAGGACACUGGGGAUUUUGACUAAACCAGACUUGGUGGACAAAGGAAUGGAGGAGACAAUUGUCAAGAUUGUCAACAAUUGUGUGGUCAAGCUGAAAAAGGGCUAUAUGAUUGUAAAGUGCCGUGGCCAGCAAGACAUCAAUGAGAAUCUUACUCUGGUCGAAGCUUUGGAAAAAGAAAGACAGUUUUUCCAUAAAAAUGCUCAUUUUAGGCCUUUUCUUAAAGAAGGUAAAGCUACAGUACCUUUUCUUGCAGAACGGCUCACUAACGAAUUGGUUAUACACAUUAUUAAUUCACUGCCACAGUUAGAACCCCAACUUAAGGAGAUAUGUACAAAGACCACAGAGGAACUUAAAGGACUAGGAGAUGAAGUUCCUCUUGAUCAAGAUGAGAGGCACACUCUCCUGAUUAUGAAAAUUCGUAAGUUUAAUGAUGAACUUGAAAAAGCAAAAGGUGCAGACGAAGAUCUAAAAAACUCAGAUAUUAGGGUUUUUUCCAAAAUUAGGACUGAAUUUGGUGAAUGGAACGACCUCUUGGAUAAGACUGUGGAGCAAAUCCUCAGAUCAGAUCAGAUUGAAGUCUACAUUAAAACUUUAAGAGGAAAAGAGCUUCCUGGAUUUAUUAACCCGAAAACAUUUGAAAGCAUUCUCAAGAAACACAUAGAGGAGCUAGAGGAACCUGCUUUAAAGAUCCUAAAAGAUGUCACAGAUAUUGUUCACAGUGAUGUGAACACUAUUGCUAGCCAUCACUUUAAGGGGUUCCCUGACCUCCUGAGGGCUGCUAAACAUCCAAUUGAAGAUAUUCUUAAAAAAGAGCUUCAGAAUGCAGAGGAGAAAGUGAAAUCUCAGUUUAGAAUGGAGAAGUUUGCCUACUCUCAAGAUCCUCUCUACAAACGACAGCUUGAGGCUGUAAAACUGGAACUGCAACAAAACAGAGGCUAUUUGGGUACUAUAUAUGUAGCGAGCUUCAGUGCUGAUGCACGCGAGAUGGCGCAGCAUCUUAAAGCCUAUUUAACGAUCACAUUUGACCGGCUGGCAAACCAAGUGCCACUGAUAAUCCACUACCACAUGCUGGAGCAGUACAUAUUUCAGCUUCAGAAUGAAAUGUAUGCAAUAAUGAAAAGGAACAAGACAGAAGAUCUGCUCAGAGAAGAUUCUGAUGUUGCCCAUAAAAGAAAAGAGUUAAAAGAACGUUUGGAGCGCAUGGAGGCUGCUAGCAAAGAAAUUCAAGCAAAGAAAAUGUCCUUCAUAAACAUGAAGUUUAUGAAGGCUCCAUAUUCAGCAAAGUAAUUUUGAUACACCACUGUAAUACGAUUAGCUCAUUUGCAGGAUGUCCAAAGAAGUUUCAUUAGACUGCACUGUGCAUAUUUGUUUAGUCUUCCAUGCUGUUUCUGUCAAGAUGCUUUAUUCUUAGAAAGGUCAGCUUGUAUUUCUUGUCUGCCAUUUGAUCUUGCACUGAUAUAUAAAUUAACGUUUUAUUCGCU